AUGGCAUUCCUAUUCAAGCGAAAUCCCAAAACUCCUCAAGAGCUAGUAAGAGCCUUGAAUGACCAAUUGACUAAAUUAGAUUAUAAAGAUACUGACGCUACUAGCUUUAAAAAAUACCAAGAUGAAGCUUCGAGGCAUUUGAAACAAAUCAAAUCAAUAAUAUACGGUGAUGACGAGAAUGAGCCUCAACCAGAUCAAGUAAAUUAUAUAUUACAUGAAAUUCUACUGACAAAUGGUUUGUAUUUGUUAACGUUCAAUUUGGCCAAGUUGGACUUUGAUUCUCGAAAAGAUGUUGUUAAACUAUUCCUGGUUUUGUUACGACGAAAUGGAGUCGCAAAUGGAACUAGUACUGGCGCCGGAACUAGUGCUGGUGCUAGUGCUGGUGCCGGAGCUGGUGCGGGACUUUCAUCACCACCACCACCAUCAUCAUCAUCAUUACUACCUUCUUCCCCUCCUGUUGUGGACUACUUACUAAACAAACACCCUGAUAUACUAACUUGUCUAAUCCGAGGACCAGAGACUCCUGAAUGCGGACUAAUUUCGGGACAAAUUCUUCGAGAUUGUAUUAAAUUCGAAGCCAUAAACAAAUUUGUGCUUUAUAGUCCUGAAUUUUGGAAUUUUUUUGAAUAUGUCCAAAAUCGUACUUUUGAAGUCGCUUGUGAUGCAAUGAUGACAUUGAAUGAUCUUUUAACAAUUAAUAAGAAGUUGGUUUCUGAAUUUCUAGCCAAUAAUUAUGAGGUGUUUAUGACCCAUACAAAUAAUUUGAUCAAAUCUAAUAAUUACGUCACUAAGAGGCAGAGUGUAAAACUAUUAAAUGAUCUAGUAUCUCAAAAGGCUAACUUGGCAUUUUUGAAUAAAUAUUUUUCCGAUACAAAGAAUCUAAAGUAUACAAUGAUGUUACUUAGUGAAAAACUGAAGAAUUUACAACUUGAAGGAUUUCACUUGUUAAAAUUCUUUAUUGCAAAUCCAAAAAGGACUCAAAAAGUAAAUGACACUUUAAUAAAAAAUAAGGGGAAUUUCAUUGAGUUUUUUAAAACCUUUGAUACUGCAAGUUUUCAUGACUCGAGUUUAAACGAGGAGAGGAACUAUAUAAUCAAAGAGAUUGGUGAACUUCCUGAUAAAACAUCGCCUUGCUAA